AUGUCCCUGGAUCACGUCGACUGGCCGCAUGCCACGUUCUCCACCCCCGCGAAGCGCAUCUUUGACACGCAGACCACGCAGGACUUCCAGUCCUCGCUGGCCAUCCACAGAAUCAAGUACCAUUUGCACAAGUACACCACCCUGAUGUCGCAUUGUGCGGACCCUGACCCGCACGCCACUGCCUCGUCGAUCCCCAUGGUCAACGGGCUGAUGGCGGUGCUGGACAGGUUUGCGCAGUUGAUCGACGACACCCCGCCGCUGCCGGGGCCCAGAAGAUACGGCAACCUGGCGUGUCGUGAGUGGCACCACAAGCUGGAUGAGCACCUGGCCCAGUGGAUCCGGGACGUGCUGCCUGCAGAGUACCAUGCCGUGGUGCCCGAACUGCAGUACUACUUGGGCAACAGCUUUGGCUCGUCGACGAGGUUGGACUACGGCACGGGCCACGAGCUCUCGUUCAUGGCCACCGUCGCGGCCCUGGACCUGCUGGGCCUGUUCCCGCACUUGAGGGGCACUGACGUGUUUCUGCUCUUCACCAAGUACUACUCGAUCGUGAGGAGGCUGAUCCUGACGUACACGCUGGAGCCCGCUGGGUCGCAUGGCGUGUGGGGGCUCGACGACCACUUCCAUCUGGUCUACAUCCUGGGCUCGUCGCAAUGGCAGCUGCUCGAUGCGCACGCUCCGCUGCAGCCAAGAGAAGUACUGGACAAGGCGCUGGUCCGGGAGUACAAAGACACGAACUUCUACUGCCAGGGGAUAAACUUCAUCAACCAGGUGAAAAUGGGGCCCUUUGAAGAGCACUCGCCCAUCUUGUACGACAUCGCCGUCACCGUGCCCCGCUGGUCUAAGGUGUGCAAAGGGCUUCUGAAGAUGUAUUCCGUCGAGGUGCUGCAGAAGUUCCCCGUCGUGCAGCAUUUCUGGUUCGGUACAGGCUUCUUCCCCUGGAUCAACGUCCAGAAUGGUACCGAUCUGCCCGUUUUUGAGGAAAAGGAGGAAGAGAGUAUAGACCAGGCCAACGCCACAUCGGUCGCACCGGACCACACGUCCACACGGUUCCCAACGUCCACGGCGAUGCCCCCUCCGAUGGCACCGCCAUCUGGGAACAGUGUGAACUCUCUACUAAGCCACCAGAACCCCCACUCGCACAGAAACCAGACGGCUUCGUCAAGAGACAGACUACGCAGGUAG